AUGGCGAGUACUAUUUACCGGUGAGUGACCGCCCAUAACUUUUGGAACACGCCACUUGUCUCGUUUUUUCCCCGCAAAAUAAACCAUCGAUCAGUGAGACGUGGAGCUCGAGAGAUAACCACUUGCAGCCUGAUCACAAUCCUCUCUCUCCUCUCGUUGCUCCAUUGUGCCUAUUCCGCCGCCCAACAUCGCUUCUACCUGCGUCUCACCGAGCAGCCUUUCGUGAAUCUUCCAAACGACGUCGUCGCCCAGACGCUGAUCUCCCUGAUUGCGUUUAUCUACGGCACCUCGUACUUGGCGAACCCAUUCCAGUACAUCAAGAAAGAUCAGGUAGGCGCGAAAUUUAAUGUGACCUUUUCAAUCACAAUUAAUCUCUUUAGCAUUUUGACCGAACAUGCGACGAAGCGCUCAACUGUCCCUCGUUCAUCACCUUCGACAACCGUACGAAGGCCAUGUCUCCCGAGUUCUCGAUGCUCCGCGCUCUAAAGCAACAACGGCAGAAGCAGCCGAGCACCUCCGCUUCACGGUCUUCGCACAGCGGCCAUGUCUCGGAGACCGUUCAAGAGUCGGAAGACUCUACGGACUCCCAGGAAUAGCCACCUCUUCCCGCCCGUUCUCCACCAAAUCCUCUCCAUUCGCCGAUAAUCGUAAUAAUUCCAAUGAUAAGAAGAACACACCUAGUCCAUCGCCAGACUUUAGCAAUAUUCCGGGUGCACGGUAAUUCUCUUGUUGUCUUUCACUUGAAUCAUCUCUUUAUAUAUAAAAACGUUUUCUAGUAUACCCAAGUCGAAGCCAAAGAGCACUCGAAUACUCGAAAUCAGUCAGCCGCAGGCCGAUGAGGCGUUCAGAAGUUGUCUUGAAAUGGUGCGAAAGCAUGACGUCGACAGCUACCUUUCAAUUUUGACGAUGAACAAAAAAGCACAGCCUGAACUUGUCGCGGUAUGUGUUCGAUUGAUAGAGGGGAAAACCACUAGACUUUUUCAGUUGAACGCACUAAACGUCGAGUUGGCAUCAAUCCGUGACAAAGUGGACACUCGGAAGGGCGACACUUCUGCCAUGUACCGUCUGCAGUUCUGGAAGGACGCCAUCUCGUCCAUCUACGGUCUUUCCCCUCUCCCAGUCCCUCGUCAACCUGUCGCCAUCGCUCUCUGCGUUUUUGCCGGGCGUGCCAACUCGGAAGUUCUUCUGAAACUAGUCGAGACUCGUCAGUCAACAAUUGGCGAUCGUCAGUUCGCGGACAUCAAUGCUGUAAGCGUACACCGGCGCAAUUUUCAGUUCAUGUAAUCAUUUCAGUUGUGCGAGUAUGGCAAGUCAACGAUCGGGUCUCUUUUGCGCCUUCAAAUCGAUGCUCUGGCCAGAACCUCUCCGGGAACAACAGUACUUCCACCGGCCUAUGACGUGGCAAAAGAUCUGGGUGCCGCGUACGCCAUCGCCAACAUUCUGCGUGCCACGCAUCCGUUAUUGGCUCGCGGAAUCGUACUUCUUCCUGCUGAUGUAAUGGCUUUGAACGGUGCCACUCCGGACAGUAUUUACAAGAAAAAGAAGCUGGAAGAGACUGCCGGAUUGACGAGGGACCUCGUGAAUGAGUCGAAAAGAUUGCUGGCGGAUGCUCGCGAUCGGACGGUCAUGGUUCCGAAAUCAGUGAGACCAGCUCUUGCCGCCAUCGGAGCCACCACCGACUACAUUCUGAAGACGGUCGAAAAGAACAAAUACGACAUUUACUCGCCUCAUUUACAACGUCGAAACCCCCUCCUUCUCUGGUCUCUUCUGGUUAGAAAACUGCGCUCAAAGUUCUAAACUUCAUUUCAUUUGUCAUUGUGUUUGUGUUCCCUUAAUUCUUCUUUUUCCCUUCUUUUUCGUUUUAUUCAUGACGACCAAUAAAUUUUCCGAGCUUAUACCAAUCAGGGAGGGGGGCACUCGUCGGCGCAUUGGAUAACUGAAUAAUAACAAGUCAAGGAGUCGGUUCGUAUAGAAGAAGAAGCGGCAGAAGGAGAAGAAGAAGAGUGGCAAUUUGGAAUGCAAUACGAGAAUAUGUACGCAGGCUUCUGCUUAUUUUUGUAUUGUUGUUGUUGUUAUCUGGAAUCAAAGGAAAAGAGGCUGGUUCUGGGGGAGAAGAGGGCUCUCAUAGAAGACGAAUUCUGGAUUACUCAAGUACUCUAUUUGGGAAUACGGUAGAUCAGAGCUGUAAUUUUUAAAGUGACAAUAGAGAGUGACUCAUUCUAUUAUACGUCUUGCUCCCCAAGUUUUGCUCCGUCGACUCCAAUUUCCAGAAGAUAACUCGAGUUGUUUACCAUUCUGGCAGCCCGCAGACAACAAUGCGCAAUGUUUUCCAGUUUAUUUCGCGUUUUUCUCCUCUUCCCUUCCUUUUCAGUUCUCUUCUGUUUAGCUGCUUUUGUUUUCUUCCGGCGCCCCGCCCUCUUCCUUUCCGACGAUUUCCAGAAGAUUCGCAGAAUAGUCAAUCAGUGUUUUUGCCACGUCAUCUCAAAAGUGUCACGAAAUGCUGGAAAAGCAGUCCGAUUCGACGGGUGUUUGCACAGUAUCCUCCUCCUCGAUUCGCUCGGCGUCUCUCCGAUCCUCGCGCUCUUUCGUCGCCAUCAAACACACCUAGUCGCGCAUGUUUUUGUGCGGGAGCCACUCCCUCCCUUUCACACAAUCCCUCCUUUUCUACCGUCUACCAACUUCUUCUUUUUGUCCCCUUCGGCUGUCCGUUCGAAGCGACGAGUUCUUGUGAUCCCUCCAUUCCUGUCUCCAGAAUCCAGAUCCCACGUCAUCUGCCCUCACUUUCUGUCCCUUUUUCUUUUCUUUCUCCCCGAUUAUCAAGCGUCUUUGUAUCGAUGAUUAAGAACGGAUCGAGAAAAUCGAAAGUAAUUGGCAGAUGCCAGUCUCUCGCCGCAUUCGAGAUGAAGCCGAUCAGUGCCCCUCCCACCGGCGCACGCUCCCGAUAUACCGUACUCCCAUCUCUCUCUCUCUCUCUUCUGCCACGUCUUCCACUUUUCGACUCCAGUCUUGUCCACUCCUCCAUUUUCACCUUCUUUCCACACUUUCUCCUGUCUGUGGGCGGCAGUGAGAAAGUGACAGUUGCGGACAACCUUAUCACCGCUUAUUCUUCUCAUCCAGCAGCCACAAAAACCAGAUCCGAAACAUGUUAGCCGGUUCGUGAUCCGAGAUCGUCGCGCCAAAAACCAAAGAAAAAAAGAAGCGAAGCGAAGGGACGAUGAUGGAUUGCGCAAGGAACGUGGCUUUUAUGGGUGGAAGAGGACUGGGAAUCGGAGCGAAAUUCUGGAUAAGCUUUCUAUUUUACACACCGGAUGGUAUGGUUCAUCUCUGCCUCCAACACUAUCUCGUUUCCUGGUUUCCCUCAUUUCAAAUACAGUAAACUUCUCAAAAAAACUCUCCGUCCAUUUCCGAUCGUGCCAGGAUAUUUCCGUCCUCUCCCGAUUGUGAAAUACACAUUUCUUGUUUCGUGAGUAGUACAAACGAAGCGACCAUCCGAGCGCCGGACGAGUGAGGAGGCCAUAUAUACGAUAUAACAGUGUAAAUACAAAACAUUCGCCGGGCGCCCGCGCCCUCUUGGACCCCGCCGUCCGCUGAGAAAUGGGCGGUCCUCCCGGGGGCAGCAGCAGCAGAAGUAGAUUUAUUUGACGGGAAUAUCGGAGGAGGCGGGCGGGCGGGCGACGCAACGGUCUCCGUCCAUUCUCCAUCGGCGUCGUCGUCGUGUAUGUGAGUGUGUGUGUGUAUGUAAACUGUGUGGCGCCCGCCGUGCGCGAGAGAGACCGAUUGAGGACAGUCGGAGCCACAAAUAGAAAGAGGCGGCGAGCCUGGUCGGCCCACGGUCUACACACGGCCUGCCUACGAAGGCCUGAAGUUUCUGAAGCCGUCGGAAGCCGACCGUAACUCCUUCGCUUCGUCCGCCCAGGUCUCCCUUCAGUUGCCCGUGCAUCAAGUGGUUCAAUUGCCAGUAUCUAUACAGUUCGCGCACUUUCCCUUCCGCGAGCGCGCGCUCUACUCCUCCUCUUUCUCCGGCUCGGUCCGUCCGAAUAUCCGACUCACUUACACAAACAAACAAACAAAGUCUUUUGCGAAAAGCACAUAUACCGGCCACACACAGCCGGCCCGUGGGGCCUAUUGAUUCCCUCUUCCACCUCAAACGGUCACUCUCUCUCUCUCUCUCUCGCUUCUCAAUCCGACCAUUUCACGAUUCAAUGUGUCAUCCAUACCAGUUUUAGAACUCUUUUCUUCGCCCCUCAAUGUUUGCGUCCAAGUGCAGAAAUACAAGUGACCGUAACCCUUUUGUAAACUGUCAAAUUUCACAAUCUCAGUUGGAACUGUCGCUCCAGACGGCUACUGUAGUUUCAUUUGAUCCGCACGUCAGCACCAGCCACAAUCUAAAUCUGAUCUCUUUGAAAUAACCUUGGGAUCAUCUCAUAACUAUCACGGUUAACAUAAUUUCCGCUUCUCCAAAUUAGGGAAUUUCUGCAAACCUCUCUUUCGUCUUCAUCUACUUCUCUUUCUGCAGCAUCGUGACCUUCCGCCCUCAUGUUCACCUUGAGAACUCGUAACAUCGAAACCGUAGUACUCCACGCAUUGUCUGGCAAGCUGGUUGUAAUCAAUUACACUAAUUGCCCCUCGCUUCUUCUUGUCUUUUAUCAUUGUCAUUCGGUUCUGACCCCUCAAUUCUAGUUCUCUCUUCAGAUGGACGAACUGAUCACUCUGGAAGGCGCCUCGCAAUCCGAGCAGAUCAUCGGAUCCCAUGACUUUUGCAACUUCUCCAACAUCACGCACCACGAGCACGACGAGCAGUCCAUCUCGAUCGUCUGGUGGAGCAACGUCGCCGUGCUGCCCAUCAUCGCUUUGAUCGGCCUCGCCUGCAACCUCCUCAACAUGGCGGUACUCACGUCGAACAAAGCCGCCCGCCGGAUCCCCUCCUGGAACCUUCUGAUCGCCUUGGCAGUGUGCGACAGUCUUUUCCUCGUGUUCGCCACUCUCGACGUCACCCCGCUCUCGAUCCCCUCGCUCGCAUUCUCCACUUCCUUCAACCACUUCUACUCGAGGGUCGUACUGUACAUAAGGACGUUGGCAUCGACAUUCUACAAAAGUAGUGUCUUGUAAGUCGCUCUGUUCUCAUUGCUAACUCUUCAAUUCUAUAUUUAGGAUCGUGGUGGCCUUCAACAUUGAACGCUACCUGUGCGUCGUGUGCCCUCUCAACUCGCAUCGUUGGUGUACUUCAAGAAACUCGAAGAAUGCGAUUGCCACUGCGUUAGUUCCUUUCAAGAGAUCAGGGGAACAAAGCCUCCUAUCUUACAGGGUCUUCGUUUCGUUCUUGUGCUCAAUCCAAUGGCCAUUGGCCUACGACACAAUUCGUUGUUUCGAGAGCAAUUCGAACGAGUACUACUACGUGAUUCUCAUGUCGACGCACCGUGCUCUUCAGGUAUUUACUGCUCUUUUCACCGCAAUGGCAUUGUUUGUAUCGGCGCACGGGGGCCGAAACCUGACACCUUUGUAAUUAGGACAAAUCAAUUGGGGAGAGAGAGAGAGAGAGAGAGUCAGAAACGUUUACUUACUGUUUGGGGGCGAAAAGCGUCUCGCCGGGAAACCGCGAAAGAAAGAGAUGCGGACGGAUUUAUUUUUAGCUUUGCAACGAUCAAAUUGGAUCUGCACACACAGAAAUGGUUGCGGAGUAAACAGAACACUGUGGGGUUGACAGCCGCUUUCGAUGGUGACGAUGACGAACUGUUUGUUUCUAUAGUAAUCGCGCUGAUAGGUCAACUGGGGGGCGAGCUACUGGAGACUCUCUUCCCUCUUCCUUACUUCCGAUUUUUCAGAUCUACUACCGGACCAUGGACUACAUCUCCUUGAUCGCCUUCAACGUUCUCCCGAUCAUUGGCCUUCUCUACAUGAACUCCAGAAUCAUUUUCACGCUCCGAAGAGUCGUGGACGAAGAUUCGAGAAGAGAUGAGGAGACGAAGCUCUCCGACGGACUCAUCCAGCAAGAGACGCACAACAACCGUACCAUGAGAGCCAACGCAAUGCUCUUCGCAGUCGUCUUCAUGCUCUUCUUUUGCGUUGGUCCCCAGGCGCCGGCUCGUCUGCUCUUUGACAUCUACGGACAGUAUCACCCGAAAGCCAUUCUGUAUGUGUGCCUCAGCCAACAGCUCGUUUCCUGA